AUGGAUCUUGAAGAGAAUUCUGACCCAGAAAGUCUGUUGAAAGUUGCACAGAUAGAGAUCUUCUAUUACAAUCAGUACAGAACUGCCAUGAAGGCAUAUCAGUAUAAAGCUGCAGAAAGAGAGCAAACAACACAAGUGCCCAAUCAGUCUGAAUUUGAGAAAGCACAGGUACAAAGUCAAAAGACCAUUGGGCAUUUAGGUCAAGUGUCUCAGCAGGUCACUCAUCAUACAGAAGAGAAAGUAUAG